AUGUUCUAUGCCAGAGCUGUCUCUCGCCUCUGGCGGGCCCCUUCCGCUAGAGUUUUCCUCUCGCUUUCAAUUUCUACCCCCAGGUCUCAAUCCUCGGCUUUCCUCCGACCUGCUUCGGUAGCACAGCAUCCUCGUCUUGCCAGUCGGUUUUCUACCACUAAUUCUCGUUUCGAGAAAUUGGGGCAAGUUGACGAGGAAUUGGCGCUAAAACUCCUGACCGAGAUUGACCUUGAAAAAUCAAAAGAUGAGGCGGAGUACCCAUUGAGUGUAAAGGAAUAUUUGGAGACUGGCCAAUUUGAGAUUAUCGAUAAGCCAGGCCAGGAGGAAGUCCAGCUUGUCCGCAGGUUCGGAGAUGAGAUUAUCCGUGUUGAAUUCUCCAUUUCGGAUCUCAAUGCUCUUGCGAACGAAGGAUUGAAUAAUGAUAUUCUCUACGACGGACAGCCAGGAGAGGGUGACCACAACGCUUUGUCUUCACAAUCCGGGGGUGUACAAUCCAAGGCUGCCCAAGGCGAAGGAAGAGCCCUAGCAGCCAACGAUACGGACAGCGACGAAUACGACGAUGAUCCCGAGCCAGGUUUCCCCGCUCGAGUAAAUGUUACGAUCGAGAAGCCAAACUCGGGCGCACUCCAAAUUGAGGCCAUUGCUCAGGAUGGAAUGAUUGUCAUUGACAAUGUAUUUUACCACAAGUCCGCAAAACUUGCCACGGCUCAAACUGCUGAGGCCGAUUGGGAGAGGAGGGGUAUCUAUGCUGGACCUCCGUUUGGUAACUUGGAUGAGGAUCUGCAAGUCCUGCUGGAGAGAUAUCUUGAUGAGAGAGGAAUCAACACCGCUUUGGCACUCUUUGUUCCCGACUACAUUGACUACAAAGAGCAGAGGGAAUAUAUUCAGUGGCUGGAGAGUGUCCACAAUUUCGUUUCGAAAUAAGGGUUUUCCUUUUGUUCCCGCCUGGCUUUCCAAACCUAAUUGUAUAGUAGCCACUGCAAAGUGAUGAGAAAAUGUUUCACUUGUUACUCCU